AUGGAUGAUACUCUAUGUGGAAAAUUUGUUUUUUUGAGGAAGUAUUUACCUGAUGACUCGGACGAACCUACAUCACUUGAUUUUUAUGGAUAUGAGAGUUUCAAAAAUUACUGUCCUAAUGCAAACUGCAAUACUGAACUCGAAAAAAUUACGAUUGGAUUUUUAUGGUUACUUGAACAAUGUUAUUCUGAAUCCAAAGAAAAAAAUUAUGAUCAAAAUAGUAUUAAUGCAUUUUUUAUACAUAUGCUUUCAUGGUUUAGUUACAAAUUAAUGCAAAAGUCAAAUUACAAAAACGUCUCACUAAACGAUUUUUAUAAUGAACAUGUAAAAAAUAGUAAUAAAUACACAAAUUUUAUAAGUGCUGCCUAUAAAAUUGGAGAUCUUAAGGAUUUCAUGGAUGAACGAAAUUAUUUGCUCAAUAUUAAUAUUGAAGAUCUGUCUAAAUUUUAUGAUGCAUUAAAAUUAAUAUGUAGUAUGUAUGGUGAUAUUACAAUGACUAAACAUGACACACUACCAGAUAAUGCUAUUUUGUUUGUUAAAAAAUAUCAAGAACUUACAAAUAACUGUAAAAUUGAAGAUACCGCACGUAGUAAAAUAUUUUCUGUUUUAUCAACUGAUUAUAAUAAUAUAAAAAAUAAAAGUACCAAUAUUACAUCUCUUCCAGAGAUAACAGCAAACGUUUCUGCACUAUCAUCUGGAGAUACAUCAUCAAGUUCGUCGAUAACAAACAAAUUAUUACUAGUUUUAUCGACAUUUGGUGCAAUAGCAUUUUUUUUAGGAAUUUCUUAUAAGUAUUCGUUAUUUGGAUUUCGGAAACGAGCUCAAAAACAAUAUCUAAGAGAAAAAAUAAAAAAUAUAAAGAAGAAAAUGAAUCGUUAA